UCACUCUAAACAACGCUGGGUCAGAAUUGCAGGGAAAAGCUAGAGGUUCAGACCAGACUUGUUGAUCUCCAUUCAGAGACAGCACAAGGAAAGAGAGGCGCUUUCCUGUGUGUCUUUAGAACGAGAAAAGGUGGCUCCAUUUUGGAAUGUAGCCGGGGGCGGAGGGAGCGAGCCUCAUCCAAGUGCAGGCCUGGGGAAGCUGCUUGCAAAAGGAUCCUGGGAAUAAUCAGCAGCUUUCAGGCGGCUGUGUGGACCCAUUUGCCUUGCUUCCCUCCUCCCAGCCCGGGGUUCUUGGACAUACUGGAAUAUUACUGUGAUCUGUCUGCCUAAGGCUUCCAGGGAGCCAAUGCAAACGGCCUCAGCUCGCUGCUCGCUUUCUGGCUGAUGCAGGAUGUAGCCACACGUUGGGUUCCCUGUUCUCUGCCGACUGCCCGGCUUUGAUGCUUGGCGAAGAAGCUCUUCGGCAUGGAGGGGAAGGAGAACAGGUGAAGCCCGCCGGCUCUGAAGCGUGAGUGCCCGGCCCCGCGGAGCCUUCCAGAGGCAGCGAUGCCCGCGGGCAUGAACAAGCAUGGAUCUCGGUCUUCUACCUCUUUGCCUCCAGACCCCAUGGAGAUCGUUAGGAGCAAGACCUGCUCCCGGAGGGUCAAACUCAACGUGGGGGGCCUGGCGCACGAAGUUCUCUGGCGAACCCUGGACAGGCUGCCCCGGACCAGGCUGGGCAAGCUGAGGGACUGCAACACGCACGAGUCCCUCAUGGAGAUCUGUGACGACUAUAACCUGGAGGAGAACGAGUAUUUCUUUGACCGGCACCCGGGGGCAUUCACUUCCAUCUUGAACUUCUACCGCACGGGCAAGCUGCACAUGAUGGAGGAGAUGUGCGCCUUGUCCUUCAGCCAAGAACUGGACUACUGGGGGAUCGACGAGAUCUACCUGGAGUCCUGCUGCCAGGCCAGGUACCACCAGAAAAAAGAGCAGAUGAACGAGGAGCUGAAGAGGGAAGCCGAGACGCUGAGGGAAAGGGAAGGGGAGGAAUUUGAUAACACCUGCUGCGCCGACAAGAGGAAAAAACUCUGGGAUCUUCUGGAGAAGCCCAACUCUUCAGUAGCUGCCAAGAUUUUGGCCAUCAUUUCCAUCAUGUUCAUUGUAUUAUCUACAAUAGCCUUGUCACUUAAUACGCUUCCUGAACUACAAGGCACGGAUGAAUUUGGACAAACCACAGAUAACCCUCAGCUUGCCCACGUGGAGGCAGUGUGCAUUGCAUGGUUUACAAUGGAAUACCUCUUGCGGUUCCUAUCCUCACCUAAGAAAUGGAAGUUUUUCAAAGGCCCCCUGAACGCUAUUGAUUUGCUAGCUAUCUUGCCCUAUUAUGUCACUAUCUUCCUCACAGAAUCAAACAAAAGUGUACUUCAGUUCCAAAAUGUACGCAGGGUGGUUCAGAUAUUUCGUAUCAUGAGGAUACUCCGAAUUCUAAAGCUUGCCAGGCACUCAACUGGUUUACAGUCCUUGGGUUUUACACUAAGGAGGAGCUAUAAUGAGCUUGGAUUACUCAUCUUGUUUUUGGCCAUGGGCAUUAUGAUCUUUUCCAGCUUAGUUUUUUUUGCAGAAAAAGAUGAGGAUGAUACAAAAUUCAAGAGCAUCCCAGCUUCCUUCUGGUGGGCAACUAUCACCAUGACAACAGUAGGCUAUGGAGACAUCUACCCCAAAACUCUCUUAGGCAAAAUAGUUGGAGGGUUGUGCUGCAUUGCUGGAGUGCUGGUGAUUGCUCUUCCCAUCCCAAUCAUUGUAAAUAACUUCUCUGAGUUCUACAAAGAGCAGAAGAGGCAGGAGAAAGCCAUCAAGCGCAGAGAAGCACUUGAAAGAGCAAAAAGAAAUGGCAGCAUUGUCUCCAUGAAUAUGAAGGAUGCUUUUGCCCGUAGUGUAGAACUGAUGGAUAUUGUGGUUGAAAAAAAUGGAGAAAGCACGGGCAAAAAGGAUAAAGUUCAGGACAAUCAUUUGUCCCCCAGCAAGUGGAAAUGGACCAAGAGAACACUCUCUGAAACUAGCUCCAGUAAAUCUUUUGAAACUAGGGAACAAGGAUCUCCAGAAAAGGCCCGGUCCUCUUCUAGUCCUCAGCACCUGAAUGUCCAACAGUUGGAGGACAUGUACAACAAAAUGGCAAAGACUCAGUCACAGCCAAACCUCAACACUAAAAACACAGGUCACCCUGGAAAGCAAAAGGAAGAGCUAGAAAUGGAGACCAUUCCUGGCCCUACGGUCCCUUUAUUGACCACCCGUGCUGACGGGAUCAUUGACAUGAGGAGCAUGUCAAGCAUUGACAGUUUUAUAAGCUGUGCUACAGAUUUCCCUGACUCUGGGAAAUUCUCCCACAGUCCACUUGCUACACUACCCUGCAAAGGAGGUGUUAAUCCAAUUCAGGAGCAAAUCAGGGCAGAGAGAAGUGGAACCAGGUUCAUGGAGAUAAACCCAAAGCCGGAAGGCAGCCAUCGCUCUACAUUUUUCAUAGAGAGUCCCAACAGUUCCGUAAAAGCCAGUAACCCUUUAAAAUUAAGAUCUCUGAAAGUCAACUUUAUGGAAGAUGACAACAGCACAUUAGUACCAGCAUCAAAUGUACUCAGAAUAUAUCCAGAUGCUCUCAAGGACAGGGGAGCUGCUGCCGCUGCAGACAGUUCCUUACUCUCUGAUCGAUCUUUAGUCAGUCCAGAAACCUCUGUCUACACAACAGCGAGUGCUAGAACACCCCCAACAUCGCCAGAGAAGCAGAUAGCAAUAGCCUUCAACUUUCACGAUGCCAGCAUACAUAAAUAUAUAGAUGCUGACACUGAUGAUGAAGGUCAGUUGCUUUACGACUCAACCCCUCCAGGAAAUGUAAGUCCCAAGUACAAUAUUACAAACAGUGCUUAUCUAAAGCAAAAAGAUAACAUUUAUAGAAUGGAGAAGAACCAUCUAGAGAGUGCUGCUUUACCCACCUCAUCGAAGUUUAUAGGGCAAAACUGCAUUUACUCCAUGGAAGGUAUCACUGGAAAAACCCAGGGCAAUCAGGAGACUGUCAGACUAGAAAAUCACAUUUCACCUGAGGUCCAUAUAUUACCAGGUGGUGGAGGACAUGCUAACACCCACGAUCAAAGCAUCUGACAUGUGCUCCAAAAAGUUGUUGAACGUUAAAAGGAAUGUCUUUACAGUCAACACAACAGAAAGAGAGCUUCUGCAUGGCAUGAACUUUGACUGAAGCAAGCCACUUGUUUCUAAAAGUCUGAGGGGAGGCCUGGUGUGGGUUUAUGAAAACAUCCUUCUCUGGAACAACUAUAAAGAUGUUGCCCAAUUCAUCCUACAAACAUCAGUGAAAAUAAAGAUUGCAAGUCUUGCUCACGCUUUGAUCUCCUUUCAUGUCCUUCAUUGAAGUCAGCAUGACCAAAUAUAUAUGUCCACUCCCCUUGUACGAUGGAUCUCCUUUUGGAAGUGUUAACAUCUGAUUUGUGUAACUUCCAUAGAAGAGACCAAAGGCAGCCAGAUUUGAACUCCGGAACAAAUUACUGGGGUUGGUAUAAAGUUAUUAGAAACACAAUACUUGCUGCUUCAGGGCAGCUGUUCCAGAUAGCCCCAAUCUGCAUCUUUCUUUCUGAUGGAUACAGUGUCUAAAGGUAACAGGGAACACUUGGGUAAAUCUAAGCUUAUGUCUAUUUAAAAUAACAGUGGUCGAGAGAAAUAAAUUAUUAAUAUGCCCUGUGUGUGUUUAAUUCUUCCAGAUACUGUAGGACCUGAUGUUUUAUUUUGAAAUCUAAUCAGGGUGAGUUGCACCACUUGUAUCUAAUUUAAAACGCCCCCUAGAAAGUAGUGAAACUUGCACUUGCCCACUGCUAAAACCAAUACCUAAUCUGGGGCUAGAGAGGGGCUUCUAAGCCACAGCCCACACUGGGGGAGUGUGAAGCGACCGUGCAGAAGUAAAACUCUCCAGGGGCACUUUGGCUGACUCAGCCAGAAUUCUUCCAGGGCUCUACAGGAGAAUGCACCUGAGUGAGAGCUCGACACAUUUACAGGGUGUAACAUGCUCCCUCUUACUAGGAGUCCGGUACCUCAUACUGCCUGUUCUGUGCAGAAGGCAGGGGCCCAGGAGCUGCCCUGUUUGGAGAGUCUAGGCAUUCUAGGCUUGUGUACUCCUUGUGUUGCAGCUGGCCCCUACACCAGAGUGUAAAGAGUGGCAGUGAUGGCUCCGUGUACCCCUCCCACUGUGACUUCCAUAGUCACUUAGGGGUCAGCUUCAAUCUAGCUCAUAAAGUAGGAGGAGAGGAACGAGUCAGUCUGAAGCAUUUUGCACUCAGUCGAUGUUGAAUGGCUAGAUAUGCAAGUGUUAACUAAAUAUGCAAAAACAGGACUUAUUUAAUUAUACACAACAGGCCUGAUUGUGCUGUCACUUCCAAUGGUGAAAUCAGGGGUGAUUCCAUUGAAACCAAUGAAGUUACACUAGCAUAAAACAGAUAUAAGUGAGAGGCAAAUCAGGUCAAAUAGCUUAAUAAUAUUCAAUCUUUUUCUUAAAAAUGACCAUUUUAAACAAAUGCAACUAACAGCAACCAGCUUAGGUUUUAAACAUUGUCCUUCUAUAAAGUUAUUUUGACUUGUGUAGAAAAUAUUUUUCUUUCAUUUGUAAUAUUCAAAAAAAAAAAGCACUUUCUGUUGAGGGGGGUUUUUUGUUUUUAUUUUUGGGUGUUUUUAUGUGUGAAGGUGGAAUAACAAACCAGAGUGUAAGAAUCUAGCACUUUAAACAAGCACUAUCUUCAUUUGUGCCUCCUGUUAUGGCUGUGAUUUGUUACACACAUGUAACAAAACACAAUCCGUCCUGUGAUAACUGUGAUAGUAACACUUUAUGUUGUCUGUUUCUGUUGUAAAGCUAAACUGUAAAUAACUUAUAUCAAUAAGAGUUUGAUGCAUAUUUAUGAGUACCUGCUGUGAUGUGUAACUAUUUGCAUGCAACAGGUCUUGGUACAUAGUGUCACUUUAUAAAGAAUACUCUACGUCUCUAUGAAGAUAAACUAUCUGGGUCUGGUGCAUUUUGUUCCUUUCUAUUGCAAAAUAGCUGUUGGUUGGUCCUGAAUGUAACUGUCUGUCCACUCUAUAUUAUACUUCUGUCUAUCAGUAACAAUGAAUGCAGCACGUACAGAUGAAAGCAAUAAGCACGUGUAUGUUUUAGGAAUUGUUAUGGGUUGUAACUAUAGCUUUGUUAGGUCUGUACUUGGAACAGUACUGUACACAUAUUUGGAUCUAUUCUGCCCUCAGUAUGCAGAGCAAUUAUCCAGAUUACUCCCCUCAUGUUGGGUUAAAGCUUGAGGUCCUUCCUCAAAGUUUUUACUCACUUCUUAAUAAGGCUGAAUCCUGGGAAAUUUCCUGAAAGAGAAGACAGAAAGAACAAACUGAGUAAGGACCUCAAGAAUUAGCUUAGUGACAGGAGAACAGACCUCAUUCCAUGCAAAGUGUUACACAGCAGGUACUCAAAAUAAAUAAAAGUACCUGUCCAUACAGAAGCAUCUUCAGAGCACUUAUAUAGGGCCAAUUCCUGAGGGUCAUUAGUCAGUUUUUACUCAGUCUUGACUCAAACAAAACUCAUUCAUUUGAAUGGGCAUUUUGCCUGAUUAAGGACUUCAGGCUUUGGCCCAUUGUAAAUACAAGUGUACUUAGGGGAACUAAUGUAGUGUGUUGCUGAGAUACUUGUUAAGACUGAGUAAUUAUUAGAAAGUAAAGUGACUUUCCAGCAGUUAAAGCGUUAAGUAUUGAUUGAUUCUAUGGGUUGCGAGGCCAUAGAGUGGAAACAAGAAAUUUUAAAGAGAGCAGUCUCGGCAUAAUCUCGAUGUUUCAGUCAUCAGCCAUGUCUGCCAUCAGCACAAAUGUAAAAAAUUAAAUAAAAAAAAUUAAUUCAGGGAAGAUAACUUUUUUUUAUAAAGUAAAUAAUAGUGAUUUCCAAUUUAAAUAUUUUUAAAGCUGAUGCUUUCAUGUAAAAAAAAGUCAUAUUUUACAUAUCAAGAAAGUGAUCAUAUUUAAAUAUAGCCAUACACUGUAGUGUUGACCACACAUUCAUUUAAAGUGAUGUAUUUUGGUUUAUAGAUGGCACUGACAAAAAUGUAUAGAUCAAUAAUUGUCAUUUUUUUAAUAAAAACAACUGGUGCAACUCUCCUUGUAACCAAAGGCCCUCUCUCUGCCUUGUGUGAUCGAUCUGACACACACUUUAUCUCAUCUAUUUAGUCUUACCAUUAAAGUAGCAUUUUAUUGAAUCGCUUUUGAACUGGCUGUCAAAAGUAUCAUUAAAUUUCUACCUUUUAAGUCUUAAUGGCCAAAGUCCUAUAGAUUUCUUAUAGAAAGAGAAUAAUGUACAAUUAAGCAUAUAAUAUGCUUGAAGAGCAUUUCUUUCUUAUUUGUGCGUGAAGAUGUAGCUCUUAUUUUGUGCCCAGUUAAAAAAUGAAAUAUGAGUAACUUAUUUUAAUGAAAUAAAGUCUGAAUAAGAAAUAUAUAUCUAUAUAUAUGUGUGUGUGUGUGUACAUAAGACAUAUAUAUAUAUGUAAGCACUGGGAAAUCUACUGUCAAAUGAAAAGCUACGCUAGACUGAGAGUCUGUACUCAUUACAGAAGAAAAGGCAGUGCUUUGAAAACGUAAUGCUCACCAAAUCCCGUAGGAAUUUAAAGGGCAACUUCAUUUUACAGUUCAUUUGAUAAAUGUUUCCCUGAUCUUGUAAAAUUGGAGGGGAAAUAUGUAAUAUCUCUUGCAUCAAACUAAAGUCUGCAGAUCAGUCACUAAUAUCUGGCAUUCAGGUCCUUUACUGUGUACCAUGCGUCAAGCAAGCUGAUAGAGUUUUAUCUACUGCAGCAAAGAGCAUCACAAUCGAAAGGACCGUGUGCACAUGAUGUCUGGGUUCUUGCUUGUCUCUUACGCAAUCUACAACUUUAAAUAUAUAUAAAUUUAUAUAUAAAUUAAAUUAAAUAUAUAAAAUUUAUAUAUAAAU